AUGAUCCACGAGAAAAAGUCGUAUAAGGAUUUAGUGAAUGCCUUAAGUGAAUAUUUCACACCAGUGGAGAAUAUCGUGUCGGAGCGCUACCAAUUUCGCAAGCUGAAACAGUCAUCGGAUCAGUCGAUAAACGACUACAUUAUCAGCCUUAAAGCGAAAGCGCAAUCGUGCGAUUAUGGAUCGUUUUUACCGGAUGCGCUAAGGGAUCAGUUUGUUGCUGGAAUCCGAGACCAUGAGCUUCGGACGCGGUUGCUGAGAGAAUCGAGAGUGAAAUUUGCGGAUGCGUGUGAAAUAGCGCGUUCGUGGGAAGCGGCGCAGCAGCAGAACGCAGCGAUGGUGGAGAAGGAGAUGCAUGCGGUAGCGAGCGUGCGUAAAACACCUGUACAGCAGCAGAGCAAGCAGUUGGAACGAGAGUAUGUGUAUCGUCGAAGCAGCCAGGAGCAAAAGACAAGCGCGGAGUGUCAUCGUUGCGGUCGUGCGCACAAUCCUACAACUUGUCCAGCAAAAGCGUGGAAGUGUUACGUGUGUGGAAAAAUGGGACACGUUUCAUCGAAGUGUCGGUUUGCAAAAAAAACAUAUGAGUAA